AUGCCACCACCACCACCGUUUCCAGCCGUAGGAAUCGAAGCGAAACCAGCACCAUCACCCACCCCCAGCGUAUCCUCCUUAAUAGCAGCAAUCCUAGCAACCGAAUCACCAGCUCCGUCCACAGGAUCUCUCGAUUUGCUCAAUGGAACCAUAACUACCCCACUAAACGUAACAAUCAUUCAAGGAACUCCAGCAAUACGCCAAGCACUUCCCAGCUUCCCCUUAAUCCCCAAAUCCAUACAGCCAUACCUCUUACCCAUAAUACGAUUCAUACUACCGGUCUUCCACGAACUGGACUGCACAAAAGAGUUCUGGAUUGAGUCUGCACCAGGCGUGCAAUGUGCAACCUUGAUUUCAGCACGGAUAUUAGGAAUGAGUGUGGUAUUGUUGGGCUGGGCGUCCAAACUGCCGCAGAUUAUAUCGCUGCUGUCGACAGCCAAAGCACGCAUGGAUCUCCCAUUGAUACCCACCAUUGUGGAAUUGUUUGGAUGGACGCUUAUAGCAUUGUAUAAUGUCCGGAUUGGGACAUUCUGGACUGCUUUUGGCGAGGGGUUUGGAAUUAUAGUCACCAAUAUCUUUCUAAUGAUCUUGUGGGGGUUGCAGCAGUUACGUGGUCCUGAAACAUCAUACAUGGCCGUAUCGACUGCGUCCACUGUCGUGCCAGACCCGAACGAGGAAGCGCCACGUCAGUAUAGUCGUGUGGUAGUCUUAUCCAUCCUGUCUGGUAUUGCUGUAUUCUAUGUAUUCGCAUACACCGUCCUGUGGGGCGGUCCCAUAAUCAUAUUGCAGGGCUUCUUGGGUGUAAACGCACCACUGGGCCUUGUCCCUGUAUUCACGCUCAUGUACGGCAAUUAUGUCCGUAAGCGGGCAGACUCGAUUCCAGGGUUGACGAUUAUUAUGGGCUGGUUGUGUGGAUUUAUUAGAUCUUUUACGUCGUUUGUCGAGACCACGGAUAUUUUGAUGAGGAUUGGGUGUGUUGCUGGUCUUAUCUUACCUGGUAUCUUGGUAUGGCAAGUUAUCUACUAUGAAUACAUAUGUGGCGCUCAAGGAAUCCCAAAUCCCAAGAAGGCAUCAUAG